CCCGACAUCCACGAGCCAUUCUCAUGGCCAGAGGCCCGAGUUACUCCCAUUCAACCCGCCAGUUUGAUAUCUCGAUAUCACAUGUCUCCCAAGAUUCUUAGCGCAAACCGGCUGGGCCAUACAUCUCUUAGGCCUGCUAUUCCCGCCUACCGGGCUAGGCAGGAAGCCCAAUGCCUAUUAUACGACCGCCGGCAAGGCGGGUGGGACUGAAUGUAUGUCAGAAGCCACCGCCUCUUCUAUCUACGAUCAAAGGCCGUCCAACCCGGCCGUCUGAAUCUAGCCCUUCCGGUCCAGGGGACCAAUCCAAGAUGAGCGCAAGUUUGAAACUGAAAGAGCCUGAGGCGAUCACAGCACCGCCCCUGAGCAGCGAUAGCGAGGAUGACUACCCGCCAUUGCGCCCAAUGCCCGGUAAUAGCUCGCAAGACUCUGACAACGACGAUGAGAAUCGACGUGGCGAUAUAAAGCCUACGGUCUUCAGCGGUGCCCAAUCAUCCCCUCCACAGUCGAGCAAUGCACGGGGAGGCACGCGGGCGGAAUUGAAGUCAUCAUCUCAAGGAGACAGGAGAAUACGAGGCUCACAAAACGAUGAGCCUUCUAGCUCUGCUGGCUCCAAGAGAUCUGCCCAAGAUGCUGUUCCUGAAUCGGACACCCACCUCAAAGACAAACUCGGCUUCACUGGGACGGCUUUUAAGAGGAACAAGAUUAGCAAGAGACGUAGCCUCAUCUAUGGUAGCAAAUCGAGUCAGCCGAGAUCCUCGCAGUCGAAAUCAUCACAGUCGAAAUCAUCACAGAAGACUCGCCCCGGGACAUCCACCCCUCAAUCUGACGCUGAGCCGACGGCAAAGAAAUUUAGGCAUUUCGAACCCAGCCCAAGUCCGGAGAGUCUUCGGUCGCCGCCAGCGAGACGGUUCCUAAAACCCGAGAGCCUCAGCCCAGAAGGUGCAACAUUGCCAACAGGGUUUGUCAUGCCACCAUCCUCGGUAGGUUCGAGUCCGCAUCGAGGCAAGUCGAGGCCAGUAUUCCAGCAUAUUACGCUGUCGGAUGACUCUCCAAAACUCCCCAAAUUUAAAUCACUUGACCCGGAUAGAGGAAGGUCGAGCUCGGCCCCGAAAGCUGAUACAGGCGUCCGGAAACCUAGCAGAACAGGCAAGCCGAGGAAACCCAAGGCGAAGGCGGGGCAGACCGCGCCAGAGCCAGGACGAGAGGCAGACUUUUCACAGAGACCAACCUUCAAGCUACACGCCUUGGAUGACAUAGACUACCCAGAUGAAAGCAACGACAAAAAUGCCAACACGUCUGAAAACAAGGCAUCGGAUGACGAAAUAGGCGAAAUAAGCAUACUGGAACCAGUGGCUGUGACGGCAAGAUGUCCGAUGUGCCGCGAAGUGGUCGACGCCAAGCUCUUAGCCAAGCAUUCGGAUGACGGUAGGAUGAACAUCAGGAAGCAGGCAGCAUUCUGCAGAUUACACAAGCGAAAGACGGCGCUGCGCUCUAGGGCCGAAAAAGGUUACCCCAAGAUCGACUGGGGAGCGUUGAACUCGCGCCUCGGGAGCCACCACGACUUCUUGAAGGAUGUGUUGGAGGGCACUCGGCCGUCGCACUACGGCAACCUUCUCAGAAGAAACGUCGAGUCCGGGAAGAACCGAACGCUGCUGAGGACGGAGGACAGCCUCACGCCGGGCUACUACGGCCCGCGGGGGUUGCGGGUCAUGACGGAGUACAUCAUGCGGGCGUUGUCGUCCACGGUACGCAAGCGCGCGGUCGAGGACCGGCUUGUCUCGGCUAGGGGCUACACGGGGUACGUGCAAGCGGUGCUGGUGCCGGAGCUGGCAGUCCGCCUGAUCAUGGAGGACAUGAAGGUGGGAGAAGGCGAGGCGCGGGCGAUCAUGCAGGACAGCAUCGAGUUCGGCGAGCUCUUGUACGAGGACGCGGGGGACGCCAUCGCGGGUGUGAGCGAUGAAGAGGACGGGCCAUAAAUGGUGGUUCGGGGCCCCGGGGACCUCGAGGCUCGCGAGGCAAGUGUACAAUUAUCUACGCAGUAUAGGUACGUAUAAACAUAG